GGAGGGCGGGGGAGGAGUGGAGAGGUCGGAGGCGCCCCGCCCAGUCAGCAAGGUUGCGCGUGCCCAGUGCGACCGCCAAGAUGGUGGUAGGCGCGUUCCCCAUGGCGAAGCUGCUAUACCUGGGCAUCCGGCAGGUCAGCAAGCCGCUUGCCAACCGCAUUAAGGAGGCUGCCCGCCGAAGCGAGUUCUUCAAGACCUAUAUCUGCCUUCCGCCAGCUCAGCUGUACCACUGGGUGGAGAUGCGGACCAAGAUGCGCAUCAUGGGCUUCCGGGGCACUGUCAUCAAGCCGCUCAACGAGGAGGCGGCAGCCGAGCUGGGCGCGGAGCUGCUGGGCGAAGCCACCAUCUUCAUCGUGGGCGGAGGCUGCCUGGUGCUGGAGUACUGGCGCCACCAGGCGCAGCAGCGCCACAAGGAGGAGGAGCAGCGCGCCGCCUGGAACGCGCUGCAGGACGAGGUGGGCCGCCUGGCCCUGACACUGGAGGCUCUGCAGGCGCAGGUGCAGGUGGCGCCGCCGCAGGCCGCCCUGGAGGAGCUGCGGGCCGAAGUGCGGGAGGUGCGGGCCCAGCUCGCCCGACCGGCGCCCCAGGCAGUAUCUUCGUCCAAGAUGUAGGAGGCUGCCAAAACCCGAACUUGGAUGUGGCCAUGUGUGCCCCGACGUGGCCUUCUCCCCGCACCACCUCAGCCUGAGUUGGCCCCGGGGAAACCACAAGGAUCUUAAUGCAACUUGGCAUUUGGUCAUCCCUACCGACAAGACAGUGGAACCUUCCCCUGGGACCAGCCCCCAGCAGGUGAAGCGUUCUCAUGGAGCCCCCUCCAACCUCUAACUCUUUGGCAUCGUCCACAGGGCUCAUCCCCACUCAAACCACUCUGACCUUCAGGGUCGUGGCCAGCAACCAUGGCUAUACUGUUCUGGCAAAAGAAAAAAAUGGAACCUGAGCUUAAGUGGAACCAUCUUGUCAUUAUAUUUUUUUACUUUUAUUUUAUUUUAUUUUUGCAGUGCUGGCGAUUGAACCAGUGCAAGGCAAGCACUCUACCAACUGAGCUGUAUCCCCAGCCCCAUCUUGUCAUCCUCUUAUCUUGCCCCCCAGGUACUUGAUCUGCAUUACCUUUGUGGAGGCCCAUCCAUCAGAGGAGCGCCCCUUACCCUUUGUCAGUUGGUACCUGCCACAGAGAGGAACUGCCUUGUCUGUGCCUUCCUAUGGCUUUCCGUACCGCUCACCUUAGAAGGUCAACUUCCAGUGGACUUUCCUUUCCCUUUAUCUGGAUUCCGGUACCUUCCCUUGAGAUCCUAAGUGGAAUAUUCCAACAGAACUCCUUCAUCCAUUAGUCUGUGGCAAAACACACUGGUAUGGCUGUGCAGGGUCUUCUCUGGCAGGGUCCACCAGCCUUCCCUUCUGUAGUGGAAAAUGUAAUCCUAGCUGGGAUUCUGUCUUUCAUUCUUACCCACCACCUUUGCUGUCCUCAAAGUCCUGACCCUUGGGCUGGGUCAUGUACCCUUCCCCACUUUCCCCACAGCAUUCCUCAGAAGCCUCUCCCACCUCAGGUUAGCUCUGCAGGUCCCCAUCUGCACCCACUGUCCCUGGGCUGCUCCACAGCCCCCUCUGUCAGGACCCUCCUGCCUUGGAGCCCCAGGACUCUCCAUCCUGCUCGAUAAGACGGCCAGGUGGUCUCACCUGCAUUUUGUAUUUCCCAGGCACUGAAACACAUUGCUGCGAAUAUGAUGGCUUUAAACAUCAGGAGUGUGUUCUCACAGUUCUGGAAGCCAGAAGUCAAGGUGUGGAGGAGCCAUGCUCCUUCCGGCUUCCGACUCCAUCUUCAUGUGGCCUUCUCCUCCUUGUAAGGACACCUGUUACAGAAUUUAGGACCCACCCUAAAUCCAGGAUGAUCUCACUUUAAGAUCCUUGACUUAAUUACGCCUACAAAGACCCUUUUCCCUGAUGGGGUCACAUCCACAUGUUCCAAGACAUGACCUUAUCCUUUGGGGGCCCACCACUCAACCAGUUAUGCCUUCCCCAGCCCAAGAGUUCAUAAAGACCCUACCAAUCUCCUGGGUCGUUUGGUCUCCCUGCUGGGUGAGAGGAACAGCCCAGCAGUUCUCUUCGCUCCUUGACUUCUCUUUGCUCCAGGUCAACCCAAGGAGUGGUCUGUGUUCUGUGUGGCUAAUUCCUGGUUAAGGAGCAUCUUAAGGAUGUGUCCCAGAACCAUAAACCUCCAAAAUGGGCCCAGAGCUCAUUAAAAUUAGGAGAGAAGUGGGGAAGGUUCUGGUGGGAAGGGGACCAGGAGUCAACCUAUGAGCUCUUUCCCAUCCUGGGGCGCUGAGGCCUAGGGAAGCAAAGGGAUUUGGCCAAGUGCCACAUCCCAGCAGGAACCAGCUGCCUGGGGAGUGGGCAGAACCCAAGGGAGGGAGGAAUGUGUCUCCUCAGGCCCAGAUCACCUGACUGCUGCUGCUCUAGGUGAAGGGUGAGGAGGAAGAAGAUGACAGGCAGGUUACUUGGCAGAGGAGGGAAGGCACUCUCUACCCAGAGGCACUGAGGACCUGCCACCCCUCUCAGAGCAGCCCCAGAUCGCACCCAAGAUCUCAGCCUUCAGGGAACAGGGCAAGUUCCUCCCACCUGGUCCCACUGUCAUGAAGCUGCAGGUGAGGGUGGGAAGGACAGGACUUGCUUCCCCCUCCCGGCAUCCCCAGGAGAGUAGAAACCACCUGGAUGCGAUACCUGCCCACAGAACACCAAAACCGGGGCUCUGAGACAGCAUUCUAAUUCCUUCUAGAAAAGGGGGAGCAGCUGGCAUGGAGGGAGCUUAGGAGGUGGAUCCCUUUACAACUGGGGAGGCCUAGGUGUGUGCACAGAUGAGGGAGAGAAGGCCAGGACAGAGGGUGCUGCGUGGAGGGGCGACAUGGAGCCAGGAGGGAGGCCAGGCGCUCUGACCGCCUCCUCGUGUCAGCACAGUUGUUAGCACAGCAGAUCAAGUGCGCUGAGCUCUGGGUGAUGCCGGCGAUGUUUUGAGUGCUUUGAGUGAUCCCCACGUUACAUCCCCUAUGUCAUUGAUGAGGAAACUAAGGCACAGAGAGGAAAAGUCACCUGCUUCAGGUCACCCAGGCAGGGAAGAGGUGGAGGUGGGAUGUUAAUUCAGACAGACCAGGCUCAGCCCCAGCUCCGGACCCUGGUUCAUCCGGAGGCGUCAAACUCAGCCUGACAUGUUCCGACAGGUGGUCCGUCCUUGUGGGCAGCUUCACCCGCCGUGGUGGUGGGAUCAGAGUGUGCAGAAGUGCAUAGAACCCCCUCUCAAAAUGCUCAAGGCCAGAGGGUGGUUCUGGGCUCUGGUUUCCUGUUGGCUGCAAUUUUGUAUACGUCCAGAUGUGGGGAGAAGGGCUAGAAUAAAUAUGUUAAUGAAGCUGGCUUGUCUUCAAGUUGGUGCAUUUUUUUUUCAUAUUUAAAAAAAUCCCUGUUAAACUUCGUUUAUUCUCUCAGUCCAGAAAGUUCCACUGAAUUGCCCUCUGUAUGUCUCACCCUGCACCACCCUGGGGUCACAGUGGUGACUGAGACAGCCCCAAUCCCACCUUCACAGGACUCAAAUCCAGUGGGAGGACAGGUACAUGCAGACUUUUCUCGCCCCCUCCUGUGGAUACUUGGGAAGAAGGGGCCAGGCAGAAUCCACACUCCCCUCCCAGUGACUCAGGACCUCGGUGUGUGGAGAACAGAAACGGGUUCACACCAGCUCACGAAAUCUCAACCGUUCUGAGUGCUCUGCCCCUCCCAUUUCCUGGCAGACCCUGUUGUCCAUGUGUUGAUUUCCCUGGUCAGCAGACCCUUACCUGGAGGAGGCCAAGGUGGCUGAGAACCACCCCAGGAGAAAACAGCCCUCACAAAGCUCCAGCCAGAUCCACAGGCCCACAAGGCCUCUCUGAGCUGGCCACAGUGAGCUUGGACGGCCAGGCAUGGGCCCCCAGCCAGUGGCUUGGCAGCUUCAUGGACAGGGAGAGAAGCGCACUCAGAGGAGAGGCAGAGUGGCCUCAUGUGCCUUUUGAGACACCUGUGUACUGAGCGCGGAUUGCUCGCGGGGCCGCAGGCCCCUAGAUGGGGAUCAGCCAGGAACAAGACCAGGCUGUUACUCCAUAUCAUGGAGCUGACAUUCUAGUGCAGGAGCUGAAGAGCCAACCCAGGGUUGGGCCCAGGGGUUGGGGUUGGGGAUGACUUUGUAGAUCAGAUGGUCAGGAAGGAGGCAGUUUGAGAGGAGCCCUGCAGGGAAAGAGUUUAUUGCUGGAACAGCAAGAGGUUGUAGCUACCAAAUAGAACAGGGUUGGCAGACUAAGGCAGUCCCUGGGCCAGCUCAGGCUGCCUGCUGCUAUCUUUGUAAAUAAAGAUUUAUUAAAACACAGCUGUGCUCACUCGUUUUCUCAUUUUGUACUGUUUAUGUACUACGAUGGCAGAGCUGAAAAUAGUUACCUUCUGGCCCUUUACAGAAAACCUAAACUGACCCCUGAAAUAGGACAAGGGCAGAGGGGUGGGUGCAGGGGUCAGGCAACCAGAAGCUGGCCCUCUUGCCUCAACAGCCACUACUAUGCAGGGUCACACCAGCCCCGGAGCACCCCGUGGGCUCGUUGACACCUGUAGCACACUUAGGCAUCCCCCAACACUUCCUUCACCCCCCCCAACUGGAACAGUCCCCACCCGUCACACAUGCCUCUGAGCCUCCAUCCAGAUCCACAGCAACAAGCCACAGUAGGAGUUGGUGAAGAGGGCGUUGGCGCGCCGGCCUGUGAUCCCAGUGAGCCUGAGGCAGGAGGAUCACAAGUUCAAAGGGAUCCUCAGCAACUUAGCAAGGCUGUAAGCAACUUAGUGAGACCAUGUCUCCAAAUAAAAAAUAACAGGACUUGGGGAUGUGGCUCAGUAGUUAAGCACCCCUGGGUUCAACCCCCAGUACCCUAAAAGAAAAAGUUUAUGUAAUCUCUCAAAAAAACCAUACUUAUGGACAAUUCUUCCUAUGUAUGUAUUGUAAGUAUUGUAUAAUUCAUGCAUUGUGUGACAGAGUACAUAGUGAAAAAUAUAUAUUUAUGUGAUAUGACAUU